GGUCUUAUGGAGAAGAAUAACGGCAUCUACCGCUUACUACUGCUUACUACGGCUUAUCGAACAAGCAUCACAUUUCUACAAGAAAGUAACCUAAUAUAUAUUGUAAUUUAAAAAAAUUUGAGCUAACAUUUUUAUGUUGAAAUAUGGUUAUUUCAUCGAGAUUCUUAUCUUAUAGAAUAUGGCAAAAUCUACGUCUCGUGAAAACGAUAAGCAAAGAAGCAAGAGCUUCUUCAUCUUCAGCACAAGCAUUAAUACUUAAAACAAAGUCUGAAAGUGAUUCUAAAAAUGAAACUACGCAAGAGUCAAUCGAUUCAUCAACUUUAGCAAAGUACAGAUUUAGUUAUCCUGAGUUUUUACCAGAUCCAAAUCCAUUAUAUCGUAACAGUAUAAGAGAAAAGUUAGAGCGUUUAGAUAUGUUGGCCAGGAGAUCUGUUGUAAGCAUUCCUGAGUUUUAUGUUGGCUCUAUAUUAGCGGUGACUUAUGCAGAGCCACAUGCAUCUGGAAAAGUAAACAGAUUUGUUGGUAUAUGCAUAGAGAGAGGUGGUUGUGGAUUAAGAGCUUACUUUAUUUUGAGGAAUGUUGUAGAUAACGAAGGUAUAGAAGUACGCUAUGAAUUGUAUGAUCCAGCUAUUCAGAAUGUUCAAUGUUUAAGAUUAGAGAAAAGGUUAGAUGAUAAAUUACUUUAUCUCAGAGAUGCAGAUCCUCGGUAUAGUACAUUUUCAUUUGAUAUGGAACCAGAACCGUUCCCUGAUGGAGCACCUGUUCCAUUAAAUAAAAUUAAAGUUCCUCUUAAACAACAGAAAUGGAUACAGAAGUAUGAACUUCAAAAUUUGAAAGGAGCAACAGACAUAAUUGUUACUGAAAAACGUAGAAAGAAGGCAGAAAAGUUUGCUAAACCAUGGGAGGAAUAUGAUUUAAUGAAAUCAUAUAGGGAAACUAUACCAAAAGAAGAACAAGAACAGAUAUUCUCUGAGCUACAGAUGGAACUCUCUCAACUAGAAGUAAAGAAGAACAUACUGAAUCGAAAACGUGCGUCAACAAGGCCAAAGAAAAGUGUAUAAACUUUUGGAAGUUGUAAACUAUAAUUUGAUUUUACCAAUUACAUAUACAUUUAAAAAACUCA